AUGGGCACAUCAUCGUGGGAUGCGCAAGGAAGAUUUUAUCGAGCUCAGGCUCUGGCUAAUUGGACGCCAUUAAAGUUAAAUUUAUUCUCUGCCGGACGGAAUCUGCACAGCUUCCGCGCUUACCCUCCGCCCUCACUUACGGACUUUGUUUUGGUUGCCAAGCUUAGUAGUCCUCCUUCACCCGCCCCCCUUCUUUCCUUUUACUUUGAGCCUAACUUGGGUGUCCAAAGCAGCCUGCAACUAUCCUUCUUUGUCGCCCAUGCAGAGUCAGCACCUGCUCUCUCCCGACUUCGGCCCCCUCUGUGA